AUGCUGAAGAGGCCAGAGAAGAAGGAGACGGCCAAGAAGGAGGAGAAGGCCAAGAAGGAGGCCGAGGAGAAGGCCAAGAAGGAGGCCGAGGAGAAGGCCAAGAAGGAGGCUGAGGACAAAGCCAAGCUAGAGGCCGAAGCCAAGGCAAAGCAAGAAGCCGAAGCCAAAGCAAAGGCUGAUGCUGAAGAGGCCAAGAAGAAGGAGGCCGACUCCAAGACGGCCAAGAAGGAGGAGAAGGCCAAGAAGGAGGCCGAGGAGAAGGCCAAGAAGGAGGCUGAGGACAAAGCCAAGCUAGAAGCCGAAGCCAAGGCAAAGGUCGAUGCUGAAGAGGCCAAGAAGAAGGAGGGCGAAGCCAAAGCAAGGGCUGACGAGGGAAAGAAAGAAGCGCAAGACCUCAAGGGUGCGCAGUCUGGUGAGCAGGCCGGUGAGGACCUCGAGGGUUCCGCAAAACUGCGCAAGAAGUCGAAGGCAGAUGGAGUCGAGGAGGAGGCCGAUGAGGAGAAACCCAAGAAAAAGAAGAAGAGCACCAAGAAGGCGGCUGGAGAAGUGGAGACACCAAAGGAAGCUACCGAUGAGAAGGGUGCUGAGGCUGCUGAGGUUAAGCCCGAGGAAGAACAAGAGAAGCCGAAGAAAAAGAAGAAGAAGUCCUUGGACGGUUCGGAACCAACAAAGACCGUGGCGUUCGAGGCAGACCUUGAGAAGAAGGAGGAACGAAGAUCUGAGGAGGCCGAGUUAACAGAGGUGACCUUGGAGGAGGCUGCUGUAGCCGGUGAGGUUGAUGAGGAGGCCGGGUUGGCAGCUGCGCGCAGGAAGAAGAAGCGUGUGUCGUUUGCUGAAGGGCUGGAGGAGCCGGAGGAGAAGGAGGAAGAACGUGCGGAACCCAUCGGCUUCUCCGAGCACCCAUCAGACGUUUCGGCAACCGCCCUUGGAGAGCUUGUCGAGCUCACCUGUGCCUUCACCGGCGCCCCAGGAAGUGUCCGGUGGUACAAGGGUGCCGUCGAGAUGUUCGAGAUGCGGAACCGGUACGAGAUCGCGACCGAGGGCAACAGGACGACGCUGCGGAUCCUGCGAGCUGCGCCACAGGACAUUGGCGACUACCACGUGACCCUCGACGACAAGCUGGACAGCAUGAGCUCGCGGGUGGACAUCCGGGCAGCGCCGAAGAUCGAUCUGCUCGACACCAAGCCCGAGAUCAAGCUCACGCAGGGCCAGACGUUGAGCUUCUCCUUCGAGUUUAACGGAUACCCCAAGCCUGAGGUUGACGUCAUCCUCAAUCGAUUGCCUUUCAAGAUGAGGGGCCAGGUCGACCAGUACGAGGAUGCGGUGACUGUACGUCUCCGUAACGUCGCCCAGAAGGAUGGUGGAACCAUCGAAAUCGACGCCACAAACAUAUACGGAACUGCCACGGCGACGGUCAAGCUGAUCGUGGUAGAUGUUCCUGGUGCGCCGCAGAAGCUCGUCUGCCAGAAGGUGACGCACAACUCUGCCGUACUAUCUUGGCAGCAACCCGACGAGGACAACGGCGCCCCGAUUACGGCGUAUAUUGUCGAGCGGAAGACGGUCGACUUCUCCAGAUGGCGUCAGGUGGCCACCAUCGACGACGGGUCCACAGGAAAUACACAGCAGGGACCUGUUGCCGAAGGAAUUCUACGGGUUCCGCAUUUUGGCGGUGAAUUCCUGCGG